CGAGCGCGGAAUGUCUCCAGCCUUCCCUUACGCUUCACCCUCAGUGCGGAGCGCUCGGCGGAGAGAGAAGAAGUGGCCACCGGCAGCUUUCCGAGCAGCGGCAGCGGCUGUGGGAACCGGAACCACACCCACACUCACGUCGCUGGCCCUGUCCUCACUUGCCUUCUCGCGGUCCCGCGGGAGAACGCAUCCUCCAAGAGCUGCCGCCCGCGCCCCGAGCAUCCUCUCCGGUGGAUCCCACACUGACUGACUGGGCGGCAUGAUGCGGCUUCGAGGCUCAGCGACGCUGCGGGACCUGCUCCUGCGGCCGCCCGCCUCCGCCAGCGCGGCUCUGAAGCGGGUGCAGCCCCUCGCCACCCUGUGCAGGCGCGCCCGGGGCGGGGGCCUGGAGGCCGCUGGGCCGGCGGCCGCAGCGCGGAUCUACCCGUGGUGGGGCGGGGGCGGGCGGCCGGCUGGGCCCCUGGCCCGGGGCCUGUCCAGUUCCCCCUCAGAGAUUCUGCAGGAGCUGGGCAAGGGGGGCACGCAGCAGCAGCAGCAGCAGCAGCCGCCGCAGCCGCAGCCCGGGGCGUCGCCUCCUGCGGCCCCGCCGGCGCCCGGCCCCAAGGACGGCCCCGGGGAGGCGGACGCGCUCGGCAACAGCGAGGGCAAGGAGCUUGUGGCCUCGGGCGAAAAUAAAAUCAAACAGGGUCUAUUACCUAGCUUGGAAGAUUUGCUGUUCUAUACAAUUGCAGAAGGACAAGAGAAAAUACCUGUUCAUAAAUUUAUUACAGCACUCAAAUCUACAGGAUUGCGAACGUCUGAUCCCAGGUUGAAAGAGUGUAUGGAUAUGUUAAGAUUAACUCUUCAAACAACAUCAGAUGGUGUCAUGCUAGACAAAGAUCUUUUUAAAAAAUGUGUUCAAAGCAACAUUGUUUUGUUGACACAAGCCUUUAGAAGAAAGUUUGUCAUUCCUGACUUUAUGUCUUUUACCUCUCAUAUCGAUGAGUUAUAUGAAAGUGCUAAAAAGCAGUCUGGAGGAAAGGUUGCAGAUUAUAUUCCUCAACUAGCCAAGUUCAGUCCUGAUUUGUGGGGUGUGUCUGUUUGUACAGUAGAUGGACAGAGGCAUUCUAUUGGAGAUACCAAAGUUCCAUUUUGUCUUCAGUCCUGUGUAAAACCUUUGAAAUAUGCCAUUGCUGUUAAUGAUCUUGGAACUGAGUAUGUGCAUCGAUAUGUUGGGAAAGAGCCAAGUGGAUUAAGAUUCAACAAACUGUUUUUAAAUGAAGAUGAUAAACCACAUAAUCCUAUGGUAAAUGCUGGAGCAAUUGUUGUGACUUCAUUAAUAAAGCAAGGAGUGAAUAAUGCAGAAAAAUUUGACUAUGUGAUGCAGUUUUUGAAUAAGAUGGCUGGUAAUGAAUAUGUUGGAUUCAGUAAUGCAACGUUUCAGUCUGAAAGAGAAAGUGGAGAUCGAAAUUUUGCAAUAGGAUAUUACUUAAAAGAAAAAAAGUGUUUUCCAGAAGGCACAGACAUGGUUGGUAUAUUAGACUUCUAUUUUCAGCUAUGCUCCAUUGAAGUCACUUGUGAAUCAGCCAGUGUGAUGGCUGCAACACUGGCUAAUGGUGGUUUCUGCCCAAUUACUGGUGAAAGAGUACUGAGCCCUGAAGCAGUACGAAAUACACUGAGUUUGAUGCAUUCCUGUGGCAUGUACGAUUUCUCAGGGCAGUUUGCUUUCCAUGUUGGUCUUCCUGCAAAAUCUGGAGUUGCUGGGGGCAUUCUCUUAGUAGUCCCCAAUGUCAUGGGCAUGAUGUGCUGGUCUCCCCCUCUGGACAAGAUGGGCAACAGUGUUAAGGGAAUUCACUUCUGUCACGAUCUUGUUUCUCUGUGUAAUUUCCAUAACUAUGAUAAUUUAAGACACUUUGCAAAAAAACUUGAUCCUCGAAGAGAAGGUGGUGACCAAAGGCAUUCCUUUGGACCAUUGGACUAUGAAAGUCUCCAACAAGAACUUGCUUUAAAAGAGACAGUAUGGAAAAAAGUGUCACCUGAGUCAAAUGAGGACAUCUCUACAACUGUAGUAUAUAGAAUGGAAAGUCUGGGAGAGAAAAGCUAAAGAAAUGGGUUCUAGUUUCAGAAUGUUCUUCAUUUAAUCUUUCCUACAUCUUUUAGCUUUUUUGCAUACUAUAAAUAUUUGAGUUUUCUGUGUUCUCAACCUUGGUUGCUGGAGCCAUAAAGCUUUUUUUUCUUUUAAUCUUUGUGUAAAGAUAAUAGAUUAAAAAGUGGAUUUAUCAGUUUUUAAAAAGUGUAAGUAAAUGCAGCAAAUUUGCUUUAUUUUAAACGCAAAACGGAAAAAUUUCUUUAAAGUUUAUCUUGGUGUAAUUAAGAUUUAAACUAUAAAGUCAGAUAAUCCCAUUUAUAGUAGUAACAGAAAUUUGUAAUUUCUUUGUUCUAAAACCCACACAUUGAACUUGUAAGUUUCAUUAUAUUUUGUUUUUUCUUUUCCAGUUUUAAAACUGACAUGAUGUCUGUAGUGGCAAUAGAAUUUCUAUGCUAAAUGCAAAACUUUUAAAACAAAAUAAUCCCAAAUUAUUUAAUAUAGCAGUAGAUUAUAAAAUUAGCUUAAGUUUACAUUUUAUGCCAUUUCUCUAGUGAUAGAUUGGCUUUAAAUUUUUAAAAAUUCAUUUAAAAUUUUAUCAGAUACUUUAUAAGUCAUGUCUUUGCUUUUUAACUUUGCAACUCCUAUGUUCUGUCAGAAUUGUCAUGUACUGGAAUGUCUUACGUUACAACAUUCCAGCCAAAGAGUUCCAGAUGUAAGAUAAUGACAUGUUUCACUGUUCAAAAGCUAUAAUGGUUACUCAGAAGGAGCAACAGUGUUGUCUUCAAGUGAAAUGUUUACAUGAGCAAUUUUAUUUUCAUAUUAUCCACGUAACUUUUUCUGUUAUAUUUAAGUACAAAUGGUGAAUCUUGGUUUUUAGCUUUUAAUAAUUUUAUUCUAAUAAUUUCACAAAUGCUAAUGAAUCUUAUGAUAAAUUAUAAUAAGGUCUCAUAAAUUUUGUUCUAUUUGAAUCUUAGAGUAUUUAGGAAAUGAAUUCAGUCUAAAGGUAGUAAGUAUACUACUAAAAUAUCUGUUAGAUCUGAAUCCUUUUGUUAGCUUAUAAAAAUGCAAUAUUGAGUAUCAAAAGUUGUUUUUAAGAGAAGGACCAUAGGUUCUACCCAAACUGAUUUCACAUAAUUCACAAUAUUUAAAGUCUGUCUUGGCAAAGUGAUUGUAAAAUGCUAUAGGACCUAUUCACACUUCUUUCUUCCUCCAUAUACCUCUGUGGUUCUCCCCACAGUUCCCCACAUCUUCAAGGUGUUUUGUUGUUGUUGUUUUUAAUUUAUUUUUAAACUUGUAAAUUUUGGAGGGGUAAGAGUAGGGCCUAGAAGGAGAACUUGAUAGUUUCUUAGUAUCAUGGCAUAUAUAUGGUAGGGUAAAGUUUGUAAAAAGUAAAUACUAUGAUGUAGCAAAAAAAGAUCUCACUGGGUCAUUUCGAUACUAGUGCAAAUAUAAAUAUAGAAAAUCCUGAUCAUAUGAUGUCUUGACUUUGGGAUCUAUGGUAUUAGGAAAUAAAGUUUCCUCCCAAAGGCGUUGGUCAAAAGCCUUUUGGGCUAAUAGUAAGUAUUAAAACUUACAUAUUUAAAUAAUUAUAUGUUAAGUUUUAGAGGUUUUACCAAGGAUUUUUAUAGUUACUUGAAUGUUUCUAAUGUACAGAUGCAUAUCCUAAUUGGAUGCUUCUGGUUUGGCCUUUUACAGGAGAGUCCUGUGUCUGAAGGCCUCACCUUGGCUAUACCUUUGGAUAGUAUCACUUGUGUUAGUUUCACCAGAACCAUUUGUGGUUUGGGGAACUGAAUGCCUUAAUUGAUAGUUUGCAAAAAAGGCUCCCCGUCCCCAUAUGCUCUGUAUUGUUACAUUUUACUAUUUCAUUUACAGGUUAGUUUUACUUUAUAAAAUGACAAUUUCAUGUUGCAUAUUGUGUCCAUAUGUGUAUAGAUUUCAAAAGUAUGUUGUUAAUUUGUGGCACUUUUAUUAUGUUGGUAAGGCGGAAAUGCACAUUUAGCAGUAAAGUAGGGUUAUCUAAGUGAUUAUGUUUAUAGAAUCUUGUUAAGGAUGAGCAUCCAGGAGCUUUUGUAGGAAGGUAUAAAUGGAAGGAGGGAAGAUACUGUGAAUAGGCCCUCAAACUGUACUUUAAACAAAAAAAGGAAAAUCUUUGCCAGAUUUAAGGACAUUAUUUUGAUUCUUUCAGUUUUUUAAAUACCUUUUCAAAUACAGUUCUUGAAAAGUUACCCAGUAUUGUUGGAUUUAAUGUUUCAUGCCAUUACUGAUUCUUGAUAUUCAAGCAUUUAGAAAUUAGCAUAUUUGUUUUUCUUUUUAUUCAUCAUUAACAUUUCAUUUGAAAUGCAUAUCCUUCCUGAAAUACUUUAUUUUUAGCAUAAAUGUUGUGCAUUUUAAUCUCCUUGUUUGGAUUAAAACAUUUGUGUUAUUUAGCUUUCAUUUGCUUUGUAUAUUUAAUAAUGUACCUUUUAUUUUCCAGUAUGCCUGCUUUUUGUAUUGUACAAUAAAUUUAUUUUAAGCUGAUU